UCAGCCUUUACUUUGAUGUCAAAAAUUGAAUAAAAUCUACACACACUAUUUAAAUAUCUUGCUAAGACUUGAUUCUUCUAUUAAAAUUUUUCCUAAAUUUGCGGCAAAAUGGAUAUGGUUGAGAAGCCAAUUAUUUCGGAACUAAAUGGUGCAAAGAAAUUGAAAAAAAGCUCUGACACCGCCACCAUCAGAGAUCGAUAUGAAUGAACCGAUCUACGAUUACAUGAAGUAUAACAACAAGAAGAAAAGCAAGGCGGCAUCGAUGCUAACGAAUAAGAAACGAGUCUCCUUCAAGCGUAUCGUCGAGCAGGUGACGUUCACCGAUGACUGGAAAAUGCUCACAAGCGAGAGCAAUCUGCGCACUGAGGAGGAGCAGCGCAAGAGCUCGAACUUGAGACGCAAUUUUUAGCCUUAAGAGUUGAAUUCAUUGAACAGACGAACUGUAAACGAAUAUUUUGUUAAUUUGUAUGUAUCCAAAUUAAAA